AUGUCUUCUGCCCAAACUAAAUUCUCCUCGCUGCUUGAGGCCCGGUACCAAGAUGGCAAAUCUUUCGGGCUUGACGGGCCCCUGAACCCGACAAUCGAGCUUGUACUGCGUCGCAAAUCACAUCGCAAAUUCCUCCCGACCCCUCUCGCUCCGGGUACGCUCGAAAGUCUAAUCGCUGUUGGCUCUAGCGCUUCUACAUCUUCCCUCCUUCAGACCUGGGGCGUCGUGGCCGUUCAAGACUCGGAGCGUAAGAGCAAGUUAGCUACGCUGGCCGGCAAUCAAGACUUCAUCCGCCAAGCACCUCUGUUCUUAGUCUUCGUCGCCGACUUGCAUCGUAUCAGCAAAGUCUGCGAAAAAGCCGGGACGAAGGACGCCGGUUUAGAGAAGCUGGAUAUGUUCAUCAUGCCGACAAUCGAUUGCGCCCUCGUAGCGCAAAACAUCAGCAUCGCGGCGGAAUCUCUCAAUUUAGGAAUCUGCUACGUUGGCGCUGUCAGAAAUAGCUGUGCCGAAAUCUGUGAUUUGCUCAGGCUUCCGCAUCGCACGGUUGCGUUGUUUGGCAUGGCCGUCGGCCACCCGGAUCCUACUGAGCACGCCUCUAUCAAGCCUCGCCUCGGGCUGGAUGCCGUUUUGCACCACGAGGUUUGGAAUGAUGAGGAUGAGCAGGAGCGUUUGGAGUCGUACAAUAAGGCUUUGGGUACUUUUUAUGAGUCAGAGGGCAAGUCAGGACGAAGAACGUGGACCGAAUUCACUUCACGAUACUUUGAGUCCGGCAAUCUCGAUGGCCGCGAGAAAAUGCGCGAGGUCAUCAUGCAACGUGGUUUCCACAUUCAGUAA